AUGGGGGUAGAAGUGCAGAUGCGGGGCGACGGGCGGCGGCCCGACGAAAAGCUGCGGGGCGACAGGUGGCGGCCCGACGAGAAGUUGCAGGGCGACGGGCGGCGGCCCGACGAGAAGUUGCGGGGCGACGGGCGGCGGCCCGACGAGAAGUUGCAGGGCAACGGGCGGCGGCCCGACGAGAAGCUGCGGGGCGACGGGCGGCGGCCCGACGGGAAGCUGCGGGGCGACGGGCGGCGGCCGGACGAGAAGAGUGCUGUGCCGCAGCGCAGUCGCAUUCUGCUCAUGGACAAAGCGACAGCAAACGUGAUGGGUCUCCUCAAAACUUCCCCACCCCAUCCCUCCUCUCCUCCCUAUUCCCACUCCCCUUCUCUUCCCUCCCUCAGUGCUGUCCUGCAGCACAGUCGCAUUCUGCUCAUGGACGAGGCGACGGCGAACAUGGACAGGGCGACAGACACGCUCAUCCAGAGCACAAUCCGCCGCCACUUCACCACCAGCACCGUCAUCACCAUCGCCCACCGCCUGCACUCCAUCAUCGAUGCGCACAAGGUGGGGGUUUCUCUCUGUCUUGCAUGA